GCAGGGUCAGCGGCAGGAGAGCGGCUCAGUAGUGGCCGGUCGGGUCGGUGGGGCCGUGCAGAGCCGAGCCCUGCUGUGGGACCAUGCCAUCCUACACGGUCACGGUGGCCACGGGCAGCCAGUGGUUCGCGGGCACCGACGACUACGUGUACCUGAGCCUAGAGGGCACGGAAGGCUGCAGCGAGAGGCACCUCCUGGACAAACCCUUCUACAACGACUUCGAGCGCGGCGCGGUUGACUCCUACGAUGUGACUGUGGAAGAAGACCUUGGAGAAAUUCAGCUAAUAAAAAUUGAGAAACGGAAAUACUGGUACCAAGAUGACUGGUACCUCAGGUAUAUCACUGUAAAAAUGCCAAUGGGUGACUAUCUGGAGUUCCCGUGUUACCGCUGGAUUACAGAUGAAAAAGAGGUUGUCCUUCGAGAUGGAAGAGCAAAGCUCCCCCGUGAUGACAAGACUCAGAUUCUCAAGCAGCACAGACGCAAAGAGCUUGAGACUCGUCAAAAGAUGUACCGCUGGAAAGAGUGGCAUCCAGGCUUUCCCCUGAGCAUUGAUGCCACUUCUCACAGUGAUCUGCCUCGUGACAUCCAGUUUGACAAUGAAAAGGGAAUUGACUUCAUUCUGAACUACUCCAAAGCGAUGGAGAAUCUUUAUAUCAAUCGCUUCAUGCACAUGUUCCAGUCCUCCUGGAGUGAUUUUGCAGAUUUUGAGAAGAUCUUUGUCAGAAUCAGCAACACAAUCUCUGAAUAUGUGAUGCAGCACUGGAAGGAAGAUUUUAUGUUUGGCUACCAGUUCCUGAAUGGAUGCAAUCCUGUGCUGAUCCGGAGAUGCACAGAGAUACCCAAGAAGUUGCCUGUGACUAUGGAUAUGGUAGAAUGCAGUCUGGAGAGGAACCUAACCCUGGAGGAGGAAGUAAAGCAAGGAAACAUUUUCAUUGUGGACUAUGAGCUGCUGGAUGGUGUGGAUGCCAAUAAAACAGACCCAUGCACAAUGCAGUACUUGGCUGCACCCAUCUGUCUGCUGUAUAAGAAUCUGGAGAAUAAAAUUGUACCUGUUGCAAUCCAGCUUGGUCAAAAUCCUGGGCCGAACAAUCCCAUAUUCCUUCCUUCAGAUGCUACAUAUGAUUGGCUGCUAGCUAAAAUCUGGGUUCGCUCAUCUGAUUUCCACAUCCACCAGACAGUGACCCAUCUCUUACGGACACACUUAGUCUCAGAGGUGUUCAGCAUAGCUAUGUUCCGGCAGCUGCCUGCUGUACAUCCCCUCUUCAAGCUCUUGGUGCCACACAUGCGCUUCACAAUAGCCAUCAAUACCAAAGCCCGAGAACAGCUUAUCUGUGAAUGUGGUCUUUUUGACAAGGCAAAUGCUACUGGUGGAGGAGGACAUGUACAAAUGGUGCAGAAAGCAAUGAAGGAUCUGACUUACAGCUCCCUCUGCUUCCCUGAGGAGAUCAAAGCUAAAGGGAUGGACAGCAAAGAGGAUAUCCCCUACUACUAUUACCGGGAUGAUGGCAUUAAAGUGUGGGAGGCUGUAAAGAGUUUUGUAGAGGAUGUCAUUCACAUCUACUAUGAGAGUGAUGAGGUGGUGUGUGAGGAUGUGGAGCUCCAGGCCUUCGUCAAAGAUAUUUACGUCUAUGGAAUGAGAGGUGUGAAGUCCUCAGGAUUUCCUAAAAUGAUCAGGACACGAGAGAAGCUAGCAGAAUAUCUCACAGUGAUAAUAUUCACCACAUCGGCCCAGCAUGCAGCUGUGAAUUUUGGUCAGUAUGACUGGUGUUCCUGGAUUCCCAAUGCCCCACCAACAAUGCGCUGCCCUCCUCCAACAGAAAAGGGGACAGUCACCAUUGAGCAAAUUGUGGAGAGUCUGCCAGACAGGGGACGUUCUUGUUGGCAUCUUGGAGCUGUUUGGGCCUUGAGCCAAUUCCAGGACAGUGAACUGUUUCUAGGCAUGUACCCAGAUGAACACUUUGUGGAGAAGCCAGUGAAAGAGGCUAUGGCAAAAUUCCGCAAGAAUCUGGAUGAGAUUGUCAACGCCAUCGCUGAGCGCAACAAGAAAAAGAAGCUUCCUUAUUACUACCUUUCCCCAGAUCGCAUUCCCAACAGUGUUGCUGUUUAAGCAGAUACUCAGAAGAGUUUAGAGGCAUGUAAAGCUAAUGAUGCUUUCCUGCUACAUAUGCUUCUUUUCAAUGAACUCUCAGAAAUUGAUAAGAAACCCAACCCCUCCAUUACAGCUGAUCCAUCAUCUAUUUAGACUUUCCAAACAAAGCUGAUUAUGACUGAUCUUGCAGGCAAAGUCUAGUUGACAACCUUCUAGGUCAAAUUUGUUACAACUUUAUUUUCCCAGUAUUUAUUAGUUAAUCUUAGCAUCAAUAUUCAUGUUUCUGUUAGCUUUCCCUUGCCUGGACAAAACAAUAUAAUCACAGAUUCACUUAUUCAAUGAAAAUAGUAUCAUAAGCAAUAAGAGAGUUGCAUCUUUAAAACCCUUCCUAUUUUUAAUACAUGACACUGGUAAUAUUUGAAAAUAUGAUCUUUAAAGUUUAUGCAUUAUUUUUAAUCUGAUUAAAACAAACAUUAAAUAUUUUCACUGCAACUGUGAAUUUCCUCAUCAGGAUGAAGAUAAAAACAGGACAUUUUCUUAGCAUAGCUGAUGGGUUUUUAUCACUUUCUUACAGAGUUCAUGUGAAAUGAGACAGCCUAAUUCAUAUGAGAAGAAAAAAUUGUCCCUAUAAUAAGCCUAUAUAUUUUCUACAUAAAUCUAGGAAGGUUUGUUUCAGCCUCUGCCAAUAGAGUUUGAUGUCCUUCAUGUGUACUGACAAAUGUUUUGCUUAGCACAAUGCCAAAAAUAACUAGCAGUACUUAUGCUAGAUUUCUGUUUCAUUGCUGAGGCUGCUGGAUUUUGUGGACAGCUUCUUCUGGUUUGUGGUGGAUAAAGAGGCUACUUUGUAUAAUGACAAAAGUUGUGGAGAAGGGUUAAUUUGCAACCUCUAAGAGGAAUAUUUAUAUUUGGGGAGUUGAGCAUAAUUGGCAUGUUCCACCUGAGGAAAAAAAUUUAGUUUUGUCUGUUUUGUUUAGAAGCGAUUGGGUUUAACUUCUUGGGCUCUGGUUAAAGUUGAGAGAGUCACUGAGAUAAUGGAAGCAAAAAUGAGGUUUGAGAAAUUUAAAUCUCAUCGUUUUAUUAAUAGUAGCCUUCCAGUAUCUGAAGGAGGCUUACAGGGAUGCUGAUGAGGGACCCUUCAUUAGGGACUGUAGUGAUAGGACAAGGGGUAACGGGUUAAAACUUA